AUGGGAAGUGUAACGGAGAAGGGAGAGACCCGGAGCUCGGAGAAGGCCUUCCGCUUUGCUCGACGCUUUCUUGACGACGAAAAGGAGCGGAAAAAACUCCAGGGGGAAAUCGACGGCCGCCGAGAAGAUGGACGAAACGCCGAGAAUGCUGCUGCCGAUUCUUCGAACGACAGGAGCAACGAGGCUACGAGGAAAUCCUCUCCUCUGCAGGUUAUGAGCAAUACAGACUACGGCAAGUACGAACGCCUGAGCAAGCGACUGGACGAAGAAGAAGAACGGAAAAAGAAACAAGAAGAAGCGGAAGCAGCAGCCGCGCGUGAGAUGAUGCCGGGCUGCUCACACGAUCACUCCAAGGAACGCCAAAUUUACGAGAAACCGACAGGGGAGAAGAUCGACGCAGCGGAGAGAUUUCGACAAGAAGGAAACGCCGCUUUCCGCGAGAAGAAUUACGGGCUCGCAGCAGUCAAUUACCGCAAGGCUCUCCUUCAGUUCGACUACACGUUUCCAGAUACUGACGAGGAGCAGGAGCGAAUGGAUUCCGUGAAACUGCCUUGCCAUCUCAACCUCGCGGCCUGCAAGCUGCACCAGCAGGACUACGACGAGGUGUACAUACAGUGCCGCCUGGCUCUCGAGAUGGACCCGAAGAACGUGAAGGCCUUCUACCGCAGAGGCCUCGCGCAUCUCCAGCAGGACGACUUCGUCAAGGCGAAAGAGGAUCUGAUGGAGGCUCUCGCUCAGGAGCCCAACAGCAAGGAAAUUCGCGACGCGCUGAUGCUGCUUCGAGAAAAGAUCCAACGGUACCAGCGUCGCUCGGCUCUGACCUUCAAGGCCAUGCUGCGGGGCGACGCCUCUGGGCCGCCUGGCGAGCCGCUGAGUUCCCCGCCCACCGAGCCGGGUUCUGAUGACGGGAAACAAGGGAGACGCGCGUCCGCAUGGUCGGCGAAGACGGAAGCCUCGGAGUUGCGAGCGCCCGGCGACGACGAGGCGGUUUCGCGGCAGGCAAGGCUCGAGGACCGCAGUUCCCCGGGGGAAGUCGGUCCAGAGACUCGAAAUGACGCUCGCGCGGGAAGCGCUGGGGCACCGGGGGGCGAAAAAGGACCGCCGGGGCGGGGGAACGAGGGAGCGGGCCGAAGAACGCAGGCGCCGUCUCCGACACAGCGAGAGAUCCCAAAGAUUGAGGAAGUUUCUGACGAUGAGCAACCGGCUUUGUGUGCUGCGGGCGAGGGGCCAGAAGACGGCACGGACCGGGCGCAGCGCGGGGAACCGGGGCCUCCGCGAGGCCGCAAACGAAGUUACAACGAGGUCGUGACCAAGCCGCUGAGUGAGCAGACUGUCGAGGAACGGCAGACCGCCGCGCUGGCCAAGGGACGCGAGUUGCAACAGAAGCUGCUCGUGUUGCUGCGGCAAAAACAACAAGAGUUGAAGACGGUUCUCGAGCGGGACGCGCCUGGCGAGGUCUCGGCGGGCGCAGGCCACAGGUCGAGCAGUCCUGCGCGGAGUCGCCGCCCGUCCUUCGCUUCCUCGUGCUCGGCGUCUUCGGCGUCGUCGGCGUGGGAAGUCUUCUCAAAGCGAGCCUGCUCAGACAGCGACGCGUCUCUGGAGAGGAAGCGGUCGCGAAGAAAUGCGCGAGCGCGCCAAGAGGCCUCGCACACCGUGUCGCCCUACGUGAUUGCUCUCCUUGUCGCCGUCUCCGGUCUGUUCAGCGCCUGUAUUGGUCUGCUUGUCGGGCUCUGCCUGAGCUCCGGCCAAGACGCGCGACAGGCGACGGACCAGCCCGAGCGCGGAGGAUGUACAGCGGAAGGGUGCGAGGGCGAGAUCUCGACGGCUGCGCUUUCCACCGGGGCGUUGCAGGGUGUCCUCAGUUUCCUCUCAGACGGCGGGGUGGUCCUCGCCGGACUCACGGCCGCAGCCUGCGUGGGAAUUGCGCUUCUCCUGGUUUUCCUCGACGGCAGCCAGGAAGAGACCGACGGCCAGCGCGAGCGCCUGGGACGACGCUCGGGAUCCGUUUCCAGAAAGGUCGACUCUGGUCGCAGGGCGCGAACCGGCAGCUUUUCGGGGGCCAGCGCUGCGCGGCCGGGGGAAGGCGAGUCGAGCGGGGAAGACAGCGACGCGUCUUCGGAGGACGACGCGCUCGCGGCGACGGCGAGCGAACGGAAAGGCGAAAAAGCUGAACUUGGCCGUUUGACGACUCUUCCCGUGCCCCGUCGGCGAAAACUAACGGCGGAGUACAUCGAAGAAGUCGCGGGGCCGCAGCGGGAUAUCGGAUCGUUUCCGGAUCGGAAAAUCGGCACGUUGCAUUCCGACCCCGCCUUCGACGCUGUCUUGCGGCAGUGGUGCAACUGA